AUGCGCAGAGCGAGCGUCACGACCUCGUUGAAAUCGGCGCUAUUAGACUACCAGUAUGAAAAUGGACGAAGAUACCAGGGCUAUGGCAAAGAGAAGUAUUUCCUGCCCGCCGACGAAACCGAAGCGGACCGGCUGGACCUCGUCUCACACAUGUUGAACCUCUGCACUGGCGGCAAACUGCAUUUCGCUCCGAUCGGCGACAACCCGCAACGCAUCCUCGAUCUCGGGACGGGCACGGGAAUUUGGGCGAUUGAUAUGGGCGACCAGUAUCCUUCCGCCGACGUGCUCGGAAACGACCUUGCAGACAACCAACCCCGGAACGUGCCACCCAACGUCCGCUUUGAGAUCGACGACAUCGAGCAAGAAUGGAUCUAUUCGGAGGGGUUCGAUUAUAUCCAUAUGAGGAUGAUGGGAGGCGCGUUGAAAGAUUGGCCGAAGUUGCUGCGGCAGGCCUUCAAAUUCACCAAGCCUGGUGGGUGGGUCGAGUUUAUGGACUUUACGAUGACGUUCAAUAAGGCGUCCCCGAGUGGUCAUUUCGAGCGAGGUUGCCCCGUCGACAAGUGGACUGUAGAAUUGAAGGACUUGAUGCACGGCAUUGGAUUGGACCCAGAACCGGGUCCAAAAUUGCUCGGAUGGUUCAAAGAUACGGGCUUCACCAACAUCAACCAAAAAACUUUCCAUAUUCCAGUUGGUACUUGGCCAAAGGAUAAGACUAUGAAAGAAAUCGGAACCAUCAACGCCAUCCAGUUCAUGGAAAACUUGGAAGGCUUCACUCUUCGACCGCUGACGAUGAAAGGGUGGAAGAGGGAGGAGAUCAUGGUCUUCAUUGCUGACGUCCGGAAAGAUUUUAAAAAUUCAAAGCUGCAGAUGCAGCACGACGGAUACGCGGUAUGGGCCCAGAAGCCUCUCGACUAA